CAAAGCCACAACAAAAUAAUUAAAUUGGCUGGAAAAAAUGUUAAAGUCGCUGGGUCCGAUUGAAGGAAACCAACAGCCUCAGCUGCAGCUGCUUUGGGAAGACAAGGAAGUCAAAUUCGAUGUCCCGCAAUUGCACAAAAACCUACGGAGCGGGGAGCAAGUACUUGAUUACAUUUAUCACAUCGAAGACAGCAAAGGAAAUCCGGGAGACACGGGGCGUCUAAUGGUCACCAAUCUUCGGAUUAUUUGGCACUCGCUGGUCCACAAGAAGUACAAUCUGUCCAUUGGGUAUGCCCGGAUUGGUAACACAAACACUCGAAUAGUGCACAUGCACACGAAGGCAAGGAUAGCCAGUCAGGCCCUCUACAUCCUGGCCAUUAGUAAUGAGACUCGCUUCGAGUUUCUUUUUACCGACGUAUCCGGAGAAACGUCACGCCGGGAUCAGCCCAUCUUCGCCAGUGUCUUUGAUGUGUAUCACUUAUAUCAACGUACUUAUCUAUACCGCGACCUGAAGCUGCGCGGAGCCAUCGUUCAAGCAGGACAAUUGGUUAUUCUACCAGAUGAGCAGGUCUACAGCCAGGUACAGGGUGUCUGGAAUUUGUCGAGCGACCAGGGCAACCUCGGCAGCUUUGUGGUCUCUAACGUUCGGUUGGUGUGGUUUGCUGAUGCCAACGAAACUUUCAACAUAAGUUUGCCGUAUCUACAAAUUGAAAGUCUUCGCAUUCGUGAGUCCAAAUAUGGACCUGCCCUGGUCAUUCAAACAGCAGAAACUGGAGGUGGAUAUGUACUCGGCUUUCGCAUCGAUCCCUCCGAACGACUAAAUGAGCUGUUUAAAGAGCUCUGUUCUCUGCACUCCAUCUAUGGCGAGCAGCCUAACUUUGGUAUACAAUAUAACGUCCAGGAUGCCCGGGAGCGACUGGCAGCUGCAGCCGAGGAAGCGGCCCAGUCCUCUCAGUUUAAGGUCGAUAACUUCGAGGAGCUGGACGAGAGGCAGGAGCGGGAGAUCAACACCAAGCUUAAUAGCUACCUCGCUGAAGGCUGUUCGGGAAGGCCAAGUGGAUCUACCCAGGGAGAAAGAGAGCCGGUCUACUGCAAGGAUGGGUUCGCCAUGGAGCAAAUUAGAGACGGGUACAAAUUACAGGAUCUGUGGAACGUCAUGCCUACCAAAAUGGAAACGAUGGAAUGAACCAGAAGACGAACUUUCA